GAUUACGGAAAGUGUGUGUGGCCAGCUUUAACCGCUUCGAAACAAAUGCAGGCGUGAACGUGCAAAAUGUGGGCAAAUGCACACAUGUUUUUUGGUUGAUUCGGAGUUUCAAUUUGGAGUCUACCGUAUCGUUUUUACUGUUUGGUCUUAAAUUUAUUAGUUACCAGUCUACAUAGAGUACAUACUACAUGCUGCAACUCAACACGAAAUAGGUAAGUUUCUUAACAAAUACAAAAUGACGGGAAGAAAGAAAGAUCCAAUAUGGUGUAAUUUCAUUGAAAUUAAAGAAAACAGAUCUGUCAAAGCAAGAUGUAAAAAAUGCGAUAUAAUUAUGGUAGGAUUGGUCACUAGAAUGAAGACACAUGUGAAGAAGUGUAACUCCACAUUAGUUAAUGUUAAUGAAGAUAGCGCUUCUGAUAGCAGCAGCAUCCGUUCUCGAUCCCCGUCUUGCAUAACAACAGCGACAGAUACAGUCACACAUACUUUACCAUCAACAUCAAGAUCUACAAUAUCCAUGUUAACACAGUCCAAAUUGAGGUCAAUGGAUAUGGAACCAUUUAUUGUUAGAACAUCAAUUGCAAACAAGAAAAAAUUUGACAUACAGAUAGCUAAAUUUAUUUACGCCACAAACUCGGCCUUCAAACACGUGGAACACCCAGAGUUUAUAAAAUUAAUAAACUUGUUGCAUCCUGGCUAUAAACCGCCUUUAAGACGUCAAAUCGCAAAUGAACUAUUAAAUGAAGUAUUUGACUCAGAAUUACUAAAAAUAAAAGACUGUUUAAAUGGGAAGAAUGUAUGUAUGGCUCAGGAUGGAUGGAGUAACAUUCACAAUGAUUCUAUAGUGUGUAUAUCAGUGACAGAUAUCAUUGACGAAACUGUGCAUUUAUGCGAUACUAUUGAUACCGAAGGUAAUAGCCAUACCGCGGAGUACUUGCUAAAUUUGGCAGUAACUUCAAUCAAAAGUUGUCAAAAACAUGGUUGCAGAGUUAGAAGCUUUGUGACUGAUAAUGCAGCAAACAUGCGUAAAAUGAGAGAACAAUUGGCAAUGUGUGAAGAACUUGGCAUGCCUGACAUUAUUACUUAUGGAUGCUCCGCACAUAUUUUAAAUCUUCUUGCGCACGACAUUGAAAUUCCAGGAAUCAAAGGACACAUUAAAAAAAUUAUGAAAUACUUUCGAAACAUACAUUUUGCCGCUGCUAAGUAUAAAGAAGCAGGUGGAAAAGCUUUAGUGAUGCCACAAGAUGUUCGAUGGAAUACUUUGGCCAAUUGUCUGGAAUCAUACAUUAGUAACUGGCAUAUUUUGUCUAAAGUUUGCACUGAUAAUCGGGUAGCAAUUAGCUCAGAUAUUUCAUCCAAAGUUAACGAUAUGAAUUUAAAAAUCAAAGCAACGGAUUAUUUGGAAAAACUAAAAGUAAUUUCAGUCGCUUUAGACAAAAUUCAACGAGAUUGCUGUACAAUUGGUGAGGCCACAGAAAUUUGGAUCGAAUUAAUAAACCAUUUUAAACUUCAACAGAACAAUUUUUUGGAGUCUGAUCUUAAUUGUGUUCUGCAACGUUUCAAAAUGGUAAUGACGCCUGCACAUUAUUUAGCAAAUUUGCUAGAUCAUCGAUUUAGAGGACUUCAAUUAAGCCAAGAACAAUUAGAUGAAGCAAUGGAAUAUGUCAAUUUGUAUCACCCUGCAGCCAUGUCUGACAUAAUGUCUUAUCGAGCAAAAACUUCUCCGUUCAAAAAUUAUCUUUUUUGGGGGGAAUCCAUUAAAAAUGUUAAGCCGAUAACAUGGUGGCUUGCGCUAAAAAUGAAUGUCAAUCCUGUAACGUUCGACUUGGUAAUACAACUCCAUACAGCAAUUGCUUCUUCUGCUGGCAUAGAAAGGCUGUUCUCAGCUUUUGGUUUAGUGCACACAAAACUGAGAAACAGAUUAGGAGUAGAAAAAGCUUCGAAAUUAGUAACAAUUUUGAAGGCACUCAACAAAAAAGGUGAAGUCGAUCAAACUGAACAUGAGAUUGAGACUGAGUCUGUAUAAUCUGAUCUUUUAAAAGAGUUUUUUUUAGUUGAGUAGUAAAAAAAACUACUAUUCUUUAUUAAUAUAUAUAAAACUAUAUUCUUAAUUUUAUUUUAAGUUAUUAAAUUUAAAAGUAGGUAUUAAAAAAAUAUACGUAAUAUGCAAUGACUGCAAUGCAAUUGCAAUAUGUUAUUGUUACCAUUCAUUUUUGUGUACCUAAAUGUUUACUUUUUUUUUUAGUUAAAGGAUUGAUGUUAUUUUAUUUAUUAUUUGCAAUGGAUGCUAAAAUGCAAUGUGUUAUGGUUUAUUUUUUUAUAGUUUGUAGUUUUUAGAUAAAAAAGAAGUAUUGAAGUUCUUUUAUUUUUCUUUUAUUUAUAAUUUAUGUUGAGAGUUAAGCAUAAGAUUACUUAAUAAGAAUAGGAAAGGAACCAAAGUAUUAUAUAUUAAAUAUAUUAUUAACUAGAACUACUGACCUGCUAUGAGUUAUGUGCUAUUAAUUUAAAAUGUUAAAAUGUAAAGUCAGUCAAUAUCUACUAAGUAAUCUUUAUUGUAUUGAUUGUUAUUUAAUAUCCAAAAAUAAAUAUUCUGCUAAAAU